AUGAAUGUGAUGGAUAUAAGGCAGAAAAAAGAGAGAAAAAUAUUAUUAGGAGUGAAAUAUGUAGGUGCGAAAUAUGUAGGAAGUAUGCAUGGUGUGUCAUCAAUUCAUCAUGCUGAUUUUAUUGCUGCUAACUUAGCGGAGAGGUUUCAGAAGCUUCUCACUGCAUUGAACAAAAAUUUUUAUCAACUGAACGUAGGCGUUGAAUCAAACUGUAGGAAACCGUUGGGAAUGACUUCAGGCCAGAUACCAGAUGAGGCCAUUAGGAGCAGUUCUUCGCACGAUCACAGUAAUCAAGCUCAAAUAAACCAGCAACUAACUCUAACACUCCUCAAAGCAUGUACAAAACAACAACUGAAAAAUUACGACAAACUAUAA